GCAUUAAUCAAAUGGCAAAGUUAAAUGUGGCAAUUGUUGCCUCGCUCCUGUGCCUCUUCUUAGCAUCCACAAAUGUUUUUGGCAUGGACGUCUCUGUUCCGGAGCAAGAUAUCUCACUCAGUGAAGAUCUUUCUGGUACAAUGCGUUCUCUGAAGCAGGUCUCAGGUGAACAGGACAUUGGUGUCCCAGCAGAUUCGGUUAACAAAGUGAACGGCUCACUUCAGCAAGUUAUAACCAACCUGAAUGACGUUUGUGUUAAAGUUCCCCUUCUCAAAGUAAUAUUUCUUCCCAUCAUCAUCAUCCUUGAGAUUAUUGUGAUUUACGUGCCGGGUGGCUACCCUUGCCCGCAAAUAAUCAUCAUCAUAUGCAAGUAUUUCGGGAAUGCCUUCCCUGUGUGGUCUCCAUUCAGAUAUAUCAGAGUUGAUGCAGCUAUAAUUGUAAGCAUCCAAGGCUGUAUCAGAAUUGUGCAAAACGUAAUUGUUAUUGUUCGUCCUAACAGCUGCAUCUAUUUUGUACUUAAUGGGGUGAUUUAUAUCCUCCGGUCUGGUCUUGCCCUGCUCUAUGCAAACUGACUCCCAAAGUUAUAUUUAAAAUAAUAAAAUAAAGAAAUAAGAAUUAUUGCGCUGCUA